UUAUCUUCUAAAUGUUUUCACAGUACGAACCAUAUGUGCCGUUAAAAUGUAUCCAGCUGUGAUUAAAACUGUUUAAAAUGUACUAUAUCUUCAGUUUAAUGGUUUAAAUAAUUUUUAGUUGUUUUAUUUUUCUCGGAGGUGUAUUUUAUAGGUUCGGAAAAUUACAUUAAGGGGUGGUGCCGUGAUGCCCGUUCGUAAGCAAGAAGCCCACCGAGCAUUGGAACUGCUGGAAGACUACCACAGCAAACUAGUGAAACCCAAUGACCGGCAACUGCGACUUGCGAUCGAAAGAGUCAUCAGAAUUUUUAAAUCACGCCUCUUUCAAGCUCUUCUUGAUAUUCAAGAAUUCUACGAGUUAACGCUACUCGAUGACACCAAAUCAAUCCAGCAGAAGACGGCGGAGACCAUCCGCAUCGCCAACAAGUGGGAGGCGGAUGGCACCCGUCGGGAAAUUCAGUCGGAAGAAAGCGAUUACAGAUCGGUCUCCAAUGCCUUCCUACAAGACAGCAACCGGAAAUCAGAUCGCAGUAGCUAUACACCAGAUUCAGCAAAGAUGGAAAUCGUGCAGUCGAUGGCCCCGGAUAGUGGAGAGAUUCAAGAAAAAAAGGCUCAUGUUACAACACCUGAAAUGAAGCAGUUACAGGUAAAUGGAAUUGAGGGUGGUGGUCCAGAACGUACCACAGGCGAAGAUGGGAGCGUAUACUUGACCGUAGUGUUGUCGCGGGCGGGCGGCGCCGGGCUAGGGUUCAGCAUCGCCGGGGGCUCCGACAACCCGCACAUCGGCGACGACCCGCACAUCUACGUCACCAAGUUGAUACCGGGGGGCGCAGCCGCCGCUAGUCAGUUACAGAUUAAUGACGCCAUAUUACAAGUUAAUGAUACAAAUGUAGAAAAUGUGACACAUGCUGAAGCAGUUGACGCACUGAAAAAGGCAGGGAAUACUGUGAGACUGAAAAUAAAACGGCCCGGCACGGAAGACACCACAAACACAUCUCAAAGUAAUAAAGAGGAAGCAGUGGAGAUAGAACUAGUGAAAGGGGGUUCAGGGUUGGGAUUCAGCAUAGCGGGUGGCGUGGGCAACCAGCACAUACCCGGGGACAACGGCAUCUAUGUCACGAAGAUUAUGGCCGGCGGUGCGGCGCACCGCGACGGGCGGCUGCGCGUGGGCGACAAGCUACUCAUGGUUAAGAAUACCUCUCGGGGUGACGUGGACCUGGACAACGUGACGCACGAGGACGCCGUGGCGGCGCUGAAGGCGUCGGGCGAGCGCGUGCAGCUGGUGCUGGUGCCGGGCCCGCGCCACUCGCUCCCGCCCGGCCAGCCCUCGCCGCGCAGCUCGCGCGCCAACACGCCGUCGAGCGUCGCGGCAUCGCUUCGGCGGGAGGAGGCGCCGGACGGGCCCGGGGCGGAGGAGCCGCGCGUGGUGGAGCUGGAGAAGGGCGGGCAGGGGCUGGGGUUCAACAUCGUGGGCGGCGAGGACGGCCACGGCAUCUACGUGUCCUUCCUGCUGGCCGGCGGGCCCGCCGAGCGCUCGGGCGAGCUGCGCCGCGGCGACCGCCUGCUCGCCGUCAACGACACCGACAUCACCAGCGCCACCCACGAGCAGGCCGCUAAAGCUUUAAAGGGAACGGGACAGAAUGUAAAGUUGACAGUUGUAUAUAGACCACAAGAGUACAACAAAUUCGAAGCUCGAAUCAAUGAACUGAAACAGCAUCACACACUUUUGCGGACGUCACAGAAACGAUCCUUGUAUGUCAGAGCACUUUUCGACUACGACCCAAUAAGGGACGACGGGCUACCCUCGCGGGGGCUUCCAUUCCGAUACGGCGACAUUCUGCACGUUACGAACGCGUCCGACGACGAGUGGUGGCAAGCCAGACGGCUUGACACGACGGAUCCCGACGCCAUCGGCAUCAUUCCGUCGAAGAAGCGCUGGGAGCGCAAGCAGCGCGCGCGAGACCGCCAGGUCAAGUUCCAGGGCCAGGGCACGCCCGUCAGCACUAGCCAAUCAACUUUAGAAAGAAAAAAACGGACCUUGUCCUUUAGCAGGAGAUUCCCCUUCAUGAAGAGCAGAGACGACGGCAAAUCUGAAGACGGAUCCGACCAGGAACCUUUCAUGCUUUGUUAUACACAAGAGGACACUAACGCCGAUGGGGAAAUCUUGUACCGAGUGGAACUUCCCAUGAUGGAGGAGAUAACGCUCAUUUAUCUCGAGGACGAGAGUCAAGACGAGACGGUGUUGUCGUACGAGACGGUGCAGCAGCUGACGAUCUCGUACACGCGGCCGGUCAUCAUCCUGGGCCCGCUGAAGGACCGCAUCAACGACGACCUCAUAUCCGAGUUCCCGGACAAGUUCGGCAGCUGCGUGCCCCACACUACACGACAACGGCGCGACUACGAAGUGGACGGACGCGACUAUCACUUCGUAGGCAGCCGAGAGCAGAUGGAGAGGGACAUACAGAACCAUCUGUUCAUCGAGGCGGGCCAGUACAACGACAACCUGUACGGCACCUCCGUCGCUUCCGUCAGAGAGGUCGCCGAGAAGGGUAAACACUGCAUUUUAGACGUGAGCGGAAAUGCCAUUAAGAGAUUGCAAGUGGCACAACUUUAUCCCAUAGCCAUAUUUAUUAAACCAAAGAGUGUAGAAUCUAUAAUGGAAAUGAAUAAGCGGAUGACUGAAGAACAGGCAAAGAAGACUUUCGAGCGCGCCCUGAAGAUGGAACAGGAGUUCGCCGAAUACUUUACUGCGGUGGUGACGGGCGACACGCCGGAGGAGAUCUACUCGAAGGUGAAGGCCGUGAUCACGGCGGAGAGCGGGCCCAGCGUGUGGGUGCCGCGCCGCGAGCCGCUGUAGCGCGCGCCGGCAGCGCCCGGGCCGGCGCCGGGCCCCGAGCAAUAACUAGAACCGCGCCGGCGUGAUCCGUUCGAGUCGCCUUUAUAGUUUAACGAGUAGCCGCCGCUUCCUCGAUACCCCUUCCCGGAGUUCGUUUAGCGUAAGUUACCGUUUUAAAUAUCUACUUAAUGUAAAUUAUCACUCGUGCGUAAAGUUGACCAAUGACUCGCUAAUCGUUGUAGUAUGUGCACUACGCUUAAGUUUAUCGUGCGGAUCUAUUGACUAGCGAUAGUGUCGACCGAUCGCGGUGUUUGUAUCGAGUUGUACCCUUAUUUAUUAUAUCUAUACUAAUUUUAGUCACUCGGAGAGUCCCACUAAUAAAUAAUUAUGCGCUUCGAUCGACUACCUAUGUAAAUUGAUUGUAUAUUAAACAAAUUAAAAAAUGUAUUAUCAUGUUAAUUUACUCAGGUUGCUAGAUACGUUUUGAAUCUUCGUCAUGUUAUUGAAGUUUAAUAAUAGUGAAGUUAUUACUAUUACUUGACGUGUCACGGUGCACCGGUGAUGUUGACAUAGUGUAAUAAUUACGAGCUAGUGUUAUGGACUAGUGUAAUCUAGGAGUAGCCCCACGCCCACCUCACGCGCCCACGGCUAGGCUAAGUCGUUGCAUUAUCAGGAUUAUUUGCUCAAGCGGCAAACUACCGUAGCCACUGAAUCUCAUGACAUAUUCUGCACUCUAAUGUCCUCCUCGACACAUUAGGCGCGGUGCGAGUUGUUUGUUGAUCAUUUUUAUAGUAAGCAAUUGUGUUAUCUGGUGUGAAGUGUCUCACCAAUUUAAAUAGUAUUUGACAUUUAUUUAUUGAGAAUUUUAUUUUCUUACUGAAUAAUAGAAUGACCAUCUGCAAAUAUGGCACGAAGCGCACUGUGGAUGCAAUACUUUACUGUUAUAUCGACUUAUGUGGCUUCAUUUUAUUGCAUAAUGUAAUGGAAUACUGGGAAACCCAUAAAUAUUCCCAUCGUACUUAAACUAGUUUUAAGUUUGAUGUGUUAAAUAGCUAUUAUUUUCAUGACAAAUAUUAUCUACCGAUAUUAUAAACAGUAACGGAGGAAGGAAUUGCGACUAGCUUUAAUUGUAAUUAUGCGCUGCAUUCGCCUCGUCGGUCCUGUAUAGCUACCUGCCAAAGAUAUCAAUAAAUUAGCAAUACAUCGUCUUUCAAAUUGUAAUUGGUCUUUCAAUAAAAUUCAAGUUUUAUUAUACUUAGAUUUAGGUAGUUGCGAUAGCUAGUCGUAAUUCCUUGAUGGUUAUAUUGGUUAUCAAAUCUUGAUAUAAUGUAUAUAACAGUUCAAAACUAUGUAAUAGAACUAUUCUAAUUUAUUUUAACAUGUGACUACUGUAUUAACAAUUAUUUUAAUGGAAAUGUUUUAUUUUAAUAGGUAUUUAUUUUAUUUUAUCGCGUUAAGUAGGUAUUGAAUUAAUCAAGCAUGCUAUCCUGUGUAAAUUAUUAAUUUAGAGUCAUUAUUAAUGCAGUCUUAACAUUUUAUUAGGUACCCAUAUUUGCAGAUGUACAAUGUUUAUGAGUUAGUGAUGUUCAAUAGACUAGUUUGAAUAAAAAUUAUUUACGUUGAAAAUUC